AUGGCUACUGACAGAACCACAGCAACUGCUCCGCAGAGAAGGCCCAUGUCGGCCUUCGAAGCUCGAGUCUCUCUUGUCUUUGCUCUCGCUUCUCAGGCUACCUAUCAGUCUCAAAGACUUUUAUUCGAUUUCGCUAAUGAAACUACAAAAUACGUGUUUCCGAAGAGAUACGAGAGCCGGAAUUUGGAGGAAGCAUUGAUGACAGUUCCAGACCUUGAAACAUUAAAGUACAAGGUACUGAGCAGGAAAGAACAGUACGAGAUUAGAGAAGUUGAGCCUUGCUUUAUCGCGGAGGCAACAAUGCCAGGGAAGACUGGAUUUGAUUUCAAUGGUGCAUCUCAGUCUUUCAAUGUUUUAGCAGAGUACUUGUUUGGUAAGAAUACAAUGAAGGAGAAAAUGGAAAUGACAACACCUGUUAUUACGCGGAAGACCCAAUCUGAUGGAGCGAAAAUGGAAAUGACUACACCAGUGAUAACGAAGAAGAUGGAAGAUCAGGAUAAGUGGCAGAUGUCCUUUGUCUUGCCAUCCAAGUACGGUGCUGAUUUGCCUUUGCCAAAGGAUCCAUCUGUGAGGAUUAAAGAGGUUCCAGGGAAAGUAGUUGCAGUUGUUGUUUUUUCAGGUUUUGUUACUGAUGAAGAAGUUAAACAACGGGAAUCAAAGUUGCGUGAUGCUUUGAAAAAUGACACAGAAUUUAAAGUAAAAGAUGGGGCUUCAGUGGAAGUUGCACAGUACAAUCCACCUUUUACGCUUCCAUUUACACGACGUAAUGAGAUUGCACUGGAAGUGGAAAGGAAGGAAGAACAGCUGCUUCACAAAGCUUCUUGA